GGUUCUGUCUCGCAAAAGCACAACGACCGUACUCUUCAACGCUACUAGGUUUCUGUACCAAGGUUUUUCCACCCAUCGUCGCAAAGCGCAUCGUCUUCCGCCCAGUAGAACGACACAACACGACUGUACCCACUCCGGUCUACUUCUAGUCCUAGCUGUACUGCUGCUUUCUUGGAUCUUCAGCUCAGUGGUAAACUACGACACUGGUACUACGCUGAGUCUGCAGGACGUCCCUGGACUUUCAGCUCUGUGUGAGGUCUACACUGUCGUCGCCGUUACAGUCUACUGCUACAAGUUCUAACGCCACUUUCGCCGCUGCGGGGUACCUACUAGAACGUCUUCGUGCUUCUUUGUAGUGACCGAUCCUGCGGUUGCCGCUGCUCCUGCUGCUCCUAGGUUUUCUGCUGCGACAACCUCCUCAUUUGACCCAUCUUCUCAUUAUCGCCCGCAUAUUUCUGAAGCGAUACUGAGGCAUGGCCCGUUCUCACGGCGUGGCUGUGAUGCGACGCUCUGGCCUUGUGCUCGCUGCACUGGCUGCUCUCAUGCUCUCAGCCCGUGCGCCCGGGGCUGCUGCCGUUCGCCUGCCAGCUACCAGUAACGCCGCCGAUCACUCGUGUGUCAUUCGGAACUGCGGCGCCAAUGCGUACUGCGUGAAGGAGAGGGGCGAUGCCGCCUGCGUCUGCAACGUUGGCUUUUCCAUGACUUUCACUGGCUGCGCUGACACUUGCGCACUAAAGAAGUGUGGUGGGAACGGCACGUGCAUCAAGAACAGUGCUGGAGUGGCGUCCUGCGUUUGUGGCACUGGCUUCGUGCUGCAGGCAGAUGGCAGGACGUGCACUGACACCUGUGCGCUCAAGGCGUGUGGUGGGAACGGCACGUGCACCAAGAACGCCGCUGGAGUGGCAUCCUGUGUUUGUGUCGCUGGCUUUGUGCUGCAGCCUGAUGGGAGAACGUGCUCUGACGCAUGUGAGCUCAAGGCGUGUGGUGGGAAUGGCACGUGCACCAAGAACGCCGCUGGAGUGGCAUCCUGUGUUUGUGACGCUGGCUUUGUGCUGCAGCCUGAUGGGAGAACGUGCUCUGGAACAUGUGGAAGCUGCCCCACAGGGGCCGCGUGCACUGUUGCCAUGGGCCUCGUUCCGUAUUGCGCCUGCCCUCCCGGCUAUGGGAUGCUCCACGGUGCUUGUGCCCAAGGAGCCACCCCCUCUGUCUCUUCCACCAGCUUCACCUUCUAUGAUCGCACCAACUACACAGUAACGCCCAACACCUACACCAUGCGCCUGGAGUACAACGGCUGCACCAGCAUCCCUGCAUCUGUUGCCUCGAACGCCCUCUCGCUGUGGCGCGUCGACGGGGUGCCUGGAGGGGUGGGGAGCUGCGCGGCGCUGUAUGGAUACUCUUUAGGGAGCUGCCAAGGGCUGCGCACCUCGCUCCUCCCUGCCUCGAGUGGAACUGGCAUGAGCGCCGGGGGGUCGAUCAACUAUUCGCCUGUGGGAUCGUACCCCUACCGUUCCUUCAGCUGUGUUCCUCUCGGCCCCUGCGCCGUCCGGAACUGUGGAGCCAACACCACGUGCCAGGUGGACUCUGCUGGAGUGGCGUCCUGUGUUUGUUACCCGGGCUUUGAGCCGAGCAAUGAUGGCAGAUCGUGCAGAGAUCCAUGUUCAUUCUGUGACGGCAACCAUGAAUGCGUGAAGGAUGCUGAGGGUAUGGGGUCCUGUGUGUGCAAAUACCAGAUGCUGUACGGCACGUGUGUCGGGCCCGCCUCAUGUGGGAAAUGCCCUUCAGGAGCCACGUGCACUUUGAUCCCCAGGUCCGCAUCUGCUUACUGCCUCUGCGCCCCCGGCUAUGGCAUGACGGAGUCUGGUUGCGUCCUAGGCGCCACCCCCACCGUCUCGUCCACCAGCUUCACCUUCUUCGAGCAGCCUGACUUUGUUAUAACGCAGGGCACGUACACGCUGCGCGUGAACUACGACGGCUGCACCAACCUCACUUGGUGGGGCCGUUCCUACGUCGAGUCGUACACCCGCGUGGAGGGUGCGCCUGGCGGCGUGGGCGACUGCGCGAAUCUCUACGCGUAUGGCGGGCUGGGGUGUGAGGGGCAGCCAACCCCGCUCUACAGGAUGGGCGAAAUUGGCGCAACUGGCAUUGUCACACAGACCUUUCCCAUAUUUCUUGGGAUAUUCUUCAGCUCUUUCCGCUGUAUUCACUAGCGCAGCAACCUGGAGUAGUGCGUAGGAACGAUACAGGCACUAUGAGAUCAGAUGAAUGCUGUCAGAGUGGGAAGUGAUGAUCAUCAAACAUUUGAUUGACAAAGCUUACUACUACUUGUAAUGCAAAUGGCACCGUUCUCAUUCCACUAGCAUCAAGUACAAAGAGUUCCCA